AUGAAGUUUACCUCCAAGAUCCUCGGUGCGGGAAAGUCUCCUUUCGCUAAAAUGGUUCAGUUAUUGAAUUCUCUGCCAGUUGCUUCAGGUAAUCCUGGACACACUAGGACCAAAAUGAGCACUCGAGAAAAAAGGGCUGAGAAGGUGGACAGGCCAGAUGAUGAGGAUUUUCAACAAGAGCCAUGGGCAGAUGUCUUUCUCACACCCCUUGAACGGAAGAGUGUACAUUUGCUUGAAAAGGAACCCGAAAUUGCUUAUGGCGAGACAAAAUUACUCUCAAAUGUCAAAGGACUUCCAAUGGGUAAACAUGAAUUGGAACUUCACAAUUUUGGUUCUGGAGAGUCUCAGGAAUACGAUGAAGAUGAUGGACAGCUGUCUGUAGGUGACACCUCCCCGGGUGCAAUUGGACUCGAGGACGAGACAAACAGCGAUUCCGUGGAAAGGGUCUUUACAGGGGUAGAACAAUUUGCUUCUGCACACGUGAGUAGAUUUAACUCUAAGAUCCUGUCAGCAACAGAAAGGUGAUUAAUACCGAUUUCCUAAGUAGGUGGAACAUGGGGUGGGUGUACGCCUGAACGAAUAGAUCUUUUUCUGACUAUGAUUGACGUUUUCACAAACUGUGUGGUCAUCUUAUUUUAGAGUCAAAGUGAAUUGUACCACGUCAGUUGAUCAUAGCCCCCUUAUAUUCAGUCAUUCACAUGAUAGUCAUGUUAAAUUUGAUUAACAGGGCUAUUCUUAGUGCAAUCCUAUUUCUUGUUUCAUUUUUUCCAAUAAGCAGUCUUUAUCCAUCGAUUUACAGAAAGGGAAUGAUUAUCCAAGACGAAAAAGAGCUGCACCGGAAUACGAAAGCUCUCAUCAAGCGAAAACCAAGAAAAACAGGAAUAAAUCCUUCACACUGCCAAUUUCUGGUGACCUCCGCUGGAAAGGUUUAUCCAUGGCUCAUGUCCGAAGUCGUGAUGGUGUGGAUGUAAGGGAAAGGCGGGCUACACGCGAACAAGGAAAAGGGGAUGUUGAAGGUCUGGCGAGAACUCUAACCGUUGUUUUCAUCCUUGGUGGAACAAUAUUUGUUCUUUUGCUGGGUAUCAUUCUGUUAUUCGCAAUUUGGUAAGUUUCUAGAAAAAAUACUGAAUUUUUACAGUAUACCAAGAAAAAAGGCCGCAAGGGUAAAUAUAUUGAACUCGAUGGUAAUUGUUGCCUCUGUUCAGUAUUGAUAACAAUUUGAUGAUGAGCAAAAAAAGCCUCAUCAACCUCCAAUAUACAAAAAUGGUGACGGCAUCAUCUAUAAUGCAACUGAAAUCAAUUUUAUUAGGAAUUAUUUGAUGGCUAUUGUAGUAUGUCUCCUUAAGUGUGGAUUUCCAUUGUCGCGUAAUUUCGCUUAAUUUAAUUUUAGGCGCAUAAAUAAAAACUCAAGACAAAGUAUGAAAGGUAUAAAAAUUUGGACCUCGCUCAACUUUCACGUUUAGGCGUGACACUUUAAUCAUGCAUUGCCUCUAUCUUAUUUACGAGCGUAACAUUUCAGAGUUGUGCAGUGUUAGCGCCUUCUGUAAGUGACUACUCUGACUAAUUAAUUAACAAAGGCUGUUAUUUCGUAUGCUCACGAUCAGGCUGGCAUAUUCAUGAUCAUCGUCGUUGAAGAGGAUAAUGUUUUCCCCGAACAGACUUAUGACAGUUUAUUAACCAACUGCUAACUUAUUCUAAGCGGUAACUUUGGUUAUUUUUCUAAAGAAAAUUUUCAUUUUCGUUUUUGGUCGUUGUUACUUUUUCAUAAAGGUAAAAUUGUUACCUUAAAAUAAUGAAAUAUUGUCUCAUCUUGAGAUGAGAAUCUCGGGGACCCAGCUAAUGAGACUAUUCUAGGUAUCCACAUGAAAUUUUCGUCUUGCAGGCCAGUACGAAAAUAUUUCCAAUAUUUAUUAAGUCGUACGGAGAAGCAGGACGUGGAGACUGGACGGUGCGGAAAUGAAUUGUCAAGUAUCAGGAUUGAUAGAAGCUAUCCUUCUGAAAGGGCUUCCGACAGUGUUUCAAUCCCUCAGUGGCCCAAAUAUGGACAGCCCGCAGAGCAGUUUUAUCAAACUCCAGGUGAAGGAACAAAAGCAUUUUUGCAACCAUUACAUUCUAACGUACUUUCAGUGCAGAUUAUCACGAAUUUAUGUCUCGUUUAAAUGGUUCUUUUGAGGCCUCCUCGCGGUAGGUUUAUUAACGUAGCAUGUACAAUGGCCUGAUUUUAACUGCUAUUUUCUACUCAUAGGUGAUCAGUCCAGUGGAAUUCCAACGGAUACCCAAGCAAAGAAAUACCUGGAUCCGAGCCAGAGGAGGUUGCGGGAAAGCAUUAUUGCUGAAGAUAAGAUGAGAGACAGUCGUAAUGCCGAAAGAAGAAAGAUCAUUCAAAAACAAACUUCUGAAAAGAGGGAAUCUCUUGUUGCUAACCUGUUGGUUGCGAAAGCAGUCAUCGAUGACUGCGCAAAAAACAAGGAGUUUGAGAAGAAGGCUUCGGAGCGACGUCGCAAGAUUAAGGAGUCAAGCUCGUUGCCUGCGACAACGAGCGGUCAGCGUAAAAGACGAAAAUCUUUUGUGGAAGAGGUGCAAUCUGCCUGUUCGGCAAUAACGCCAAACUGGGAUGAAAAUGAAAAGAUGGAACAAUCGAAGGACAAUCGCCGCAGGAUCAAGAAUAGAAUGGAUAAAUCACGAAGGUCGUCUCUUUUGGAUGAAAUUCAAGUCGCCAAGGAUGUGAUUGUUGGUGACGAGAAGGAGCAUUAG